AGCCCACCUAGCAAGGCAAUGCUGCUUACAGUGAAGAGACUGCUUGGCCAGCAGUGCCGUCUCCAGGUAUCUGGAGAGGAACGGAUCUCUUUAGUCAAGAGCCUCGUGUCGGAACAACUGAACGUUCCUGUGAACCAGCAGACCCUCUUGUUCCGAGGCAAAGUACUAGAGGGAGAGCACAGAUUAUCAGACUAUCCAAUUGGGCCAGAAUCCAUUCUCUAUCUGGUCAUUAAAAAGCCAGAGCGAGUUUACCUUGAGGAGCUAUCCAAACCAGCCCCUGUCCAACGCUCAGUAUGGUAUCAACUGUCCCAGGUCCUGGAGAAACACUUCAGAACUUCUGAUGCAGUGAGGGUUCUGGAGAGAGUACUGAAUGACUACUACAGAGACCUUGGCCUGCUGAGUCUGGAAGAUAUUGAAGAGUUAGCAGGAUGUAUUCUAAAUCUUGAAGAAGAGCCAGCGACCCCAGAUGAGCUUCCAGAUCAAGAGGGCCAACUAAAGCCCCCAGUGUCUGAAACCAUGAAGGAACAUGCAACCCACACUGAACCAUGA